AAACUUACCGAGCUUACAAUGUGCGCUCGAAUUUGGGAUUGCUAAGAAAAAAAAUAUUUAAGCUAUAUCCGAUGAGCUGCCUCGUUUUAAUUGUUGCUUUGGGAACCAGCGGUAAGUAGCGGAGAACCUCUGCUCGCCAAGCUACGCGUUCGUGUUCACGUUUACCUCGGCUACGACGGGAUUCGCAUUUUUGACGGAGACAAUAAUCACAAAACUAUACUUUCGGACUCGCCGCUGCGAAUCAGCGCCAUGCUUUUGGUAAUUGCCUAAAACCGUAGCGUUGUGCAUCUCCCUACUCAUCUCUUUCGUCGCGUUGUGCAUUUCCCUCAUGGAGACUAGAGUCUCCAUGAUUUCCCUACACAUCUCUGCAAUUUUUGUGUUCCUUUCAGACAUCAGUGGACGUCAGAAAAACCGUUCGUAAACUGGACGGUUUUGCUUGGCGAAAUUGCUCAAAUCGUGAAAUUUGUCUUGUUUUGUAAUAAUAAUACGCAGUACACAUUGAAAAAUUUCAGCAAUUUAAUAGCUGGUAAUAGUGGGCAAAAUCAAAAAUAUUUAAGUAUAAACAAUAAGUAUAUAUAUAUAUAUAUAUAUAUUAAGUAUAUAUAAUAAAAAAUAUUUAUAAUAAGUGAAACUGUUUAGUAUACAAACAUAUUCAAGUAAACCAUGUGCUACAAUGAUUAAUCAACGUGAACAUUAUUUGUCCAAAGCAAACAUACAAUUUCUAUAACAUAAAGGUACAUGAGAUGAUUUUUCGUAUAUUUUUGAUAUAUUUUAGUAUAUGAAAUUGGUUAAUAUUCUGUUACAAUAUUUAGAAUGUACUGUAAGAGAUACACAAAUGCAGUAGGUAAAUUCUUUAAAAAAGGAAUGCAGAAGAUUUUUGGAAAAGAUGUCUUGUUUAUUGAAGGAGAAUAAGUUCGAAUGUCGGGUGAGCUCAGUAUUAAAUAAAGACAUCCGUCAUUUUGGGAAAAAGUAUAUGUUUGAUGAUUGCAAUGAGACAUGUUGGAAUUCUGAUUCGGGUAUUCCACAAUGGAUUAUAUUUGAAUUUGAUAAAGAGUGUAGUUUAUCAACCAUUGAAAUUGAAUUUCAAGGUGGAUUUGUUGGAAAAGAUUGUUUUAUAGAAGCUGGACCAGAUUCUAAAAGUUUAAAUUUUCAAGAAUCAUUUUUCCCAGAGGAUACAAAUACAGUGCAAAAAUUUAAAUUAAAUCAGAAUAUUAUGGCAAAAAUAUUUAAGUUAGUAUUCAAAGAAAGUACAGACUUUUUUGGUAGAAUCAUUAUUUAUAAAUUGUCACUUUACUCUUGACAUACUAUACUUAUAGUAUAGUAUAUAUAUUUCUAUAUUAUGAAUUGAUUUGAAUACUUAUAUGAUAAUGUAAGUGACUUAUAUGACAAAUAAAUACCAUUUUUUGUA